GUAUAGAUAGCGUGCAGGCUGCACGUCUCCUUGCCCACUGGUGCCGACACUGAGCUGCACCUUGGCUCCUGCCUGCCUGCCAUCACCAUGACAUCCACCUGCACCAACAACACUCAAGAGAACAACAGCAGCAGCCAAGUGUGCAUGCCCCUCUCCAAGAUGCCUAUUAGUCUAGCUCAUGGCAUCAUCCGAGCCACUGUGCUGUUCGCCUUCCUCAGUGUAUCCUUUGUGGGCAACGUAGUGCUGGCUUAUGUGUUGCACCGUAAGCCACAGUUGCUGCAGGUGACCAACCGGUUCAUCUUCAAUCUCCUCGUCACUGACCUGCUGCAGAUUACUCUCGUGGCCCCCUGGGUGAUGGCCACCUCCAUUCCUAUCUUUUGGCCUCUCAACAUCCACUUUUGCACAGCCCUGGUUAGCCUCACCCACUUAUUUGCCUUUGCUAGUGUCAAUACCAUAGUGGUAGUGUCAAUUGAUCGCUAUCUGUCCAUCAUCCACCCUCUUUCCUACCCAUCCAAGAUGACCAACCGACGUGGUUAUGGCCUCCUCUAUGGCACCUGGUUUAUGGCUAUUCUGCAGAGCACACCUCCUCUCUAUGGCUGGGGCCAGGCUACUUUUGAUGACCGUAAUGCCCUCUGUUCCAUGAUCUGGGGAGCCAGCCCAAGCUAUACCAUUAUCAGUGUGGUCUCCUUUAUUGUUGUUCCACUGGUUGUUAUGAUUGCCUGCUAUUCUGUAGUGUUUGGUGCAGCCCGCCGGCAGCAUGCUCUGCUGUACAACGUCAAGAGCCGAAGCUUGGGGGUGAGAGCCAAGGAGUCUGUGAAGACUGACAAUGAGAGGCGAAUAAAGAAGAGGGAUGAGUUCCAGGAUGAGAAUGAAUUCCAGUACCAAGGUGAAGGGGAGACCAGGACCAAGGAAAGCAGCAUCAAGGUGGAAGAGGAUCUCAUGGAAGCCGAGGACAUCAUCAUGAAGGCUAGAGAAGGAAGCCUAGAUUUAAGUGCAGGUAUUUCUGAGUCCAAGGGCAGUAAUAGCAGCAUGGAAGGUCUGGAAGGCAGCAGCGAAGUGCAGGUGAGCAGCACCAUGGCAGACACUGGCAGCUUAGAUGUUAAUCAGUGCAGCAUCGAUUUGGGUGAAGAUGACAUAGAGUUUGGCAUGGAUGACGUCCAUUUCAGUGAGGAUGAUGUCGAGGCAGUGAACAUCCCUGAGAGCCUCCCAGCGAGUCGUCGGAACAGCUACAGCAACCCACCUUUGCCCCGGUGCUAUGAGUGCAAAGCUGCCAGAGUGAUCUUCCUCAUCAUUUUCUCCUAUGUGCUGUCUCUGGGGCCCUACUGCUUUCUGGCUGUGCUGGCUGUGUGGGUGGAUGUCGAAACCCAGGUACCUCAGUGGGUGAUCACCAUAAUAAUCUGGCUUUUCUUCCUGCAGUGCUGUAUCCACCCUUAUGUCUAUGGUUACAUGCACAAGGCCAUCAAGAAGGAAAUCCAGGAGGUUCUGAAGAAGUUAUUCUGUAAGAAAAAUCCCUCUGAAGAGAACAACCGCCGUAACCUACAUGAAACCGAAGCUGGCACUGAAGGCAAGGUUGUCCCCUCCCGCGAUUCUGCGACUUCACCUUAAAAGUUACUUCUAAGGCAAACUUUUAACUGUCCAUACGACAGAAAACACAAGCGGCUUUCUUUUCAGUGCACCACCCACAAUGUCAUUAGUGCCAAUCCUUAUCAUUUCAGGCCAAGGUGUUGCACAUGCAUCCUUUCCCACCACAAGGCAGAUAAAUAUAAGGAAGAAGUAGAGACUUGGAUCUUUUCUGAAAGGUAAAGCCCAUUAAGGAAUGGACUUGAGGAUUCCUA